CGCCCUCGUUCUAUCCUGCGCUCGGACGCAGGGCCAUUCCACCGAAUCAGCGAGCAUUACCACUGCACCGAUGAUUUCUCGGCACCGUUCCUGUCCGCUUUACUCCACCCAGACACCGAGGGAUCGAGGAAGCGGGCUUGGGCGCGCGUCAAGGACGCCGCAGGUUUCACUGGGUAUAUUUUCCCAGGCGACCCUGCCAUUCAUCUAACCUUUGUAGGGGGUUUGUUGAAACAUUGCCGCAUCAAGAACACGAUUGCAAAGUGCCGCGAAGAGGCGGACAAGACUGUGAUCGGCAUUGACGGCCAGUGCCCAACCCUGCUUUCGGCAUUGCACCAGACGCAGCAUGGAGCAUCCGGGGCUGAACGAAAGACAGGUGUCCAUGUCCAGAUAUCGGUUCCGCGCAUGGAUUCGGUUCUCCUGGCGAAGCACGCGCCGUCGGAGGCACUCAUGCAUGCGAAGAAGGCUCUGCUCGAAGCGGUCGGCAACGCGAACGGCGCAAUACAUGUGCGCACGAUCUGUUCAGAUGCGCCCAUCUCGUUGGAAGACACCGCCCUCCGCGCCGCGUUCCCGCGGCUGCAGUGCCUCUCCAGGGGCCCCCUGCACAUCGCGCUGAAGGUCGAGCACGCAUCUGGCGAGAAAAGCACUCCGUCGUCGAAUCUCAUCCGCCGAUGCAUUGCGAAGUUCCCGAAAGGAUUUGACGAUGGCAACCUUAUCACCGUGGGCAGCGACGGCAUGUCGGCGAUCAAGGCCGAAGGCUACCCCGAGCAACCGCGCCGCAACGCCGUCUCCUUCAUGAAGGACAUCGCCUCCUUGUGCCACAUGUUCCCGCGGGAGAUGGGCAAGACGACUGGCGAGAAGACCGCUGUCCUGGGAAGCUUGCGAUAUGCGACGUCGCCCGCGCAGCUCGAGCAUCUCCUGGGCCUGGGUAGAUUCAUUCCGCGGAACCCUGGCGCUCAG